CCUGUUCCUCGGUUGUAUGUUGACAUCCAUAUUACAAAAUAUAUGGCAUCAUCAGUUAUUUCGGUCUUGGUCUUCAUUGUCAAUUAAAUCAUGUUCACUCAGAUGCUAGAUCAGUAUCAGCGUGGCUGUGGUAUGGCGUCUGUGACAUGUAUGCUGUAUAGCAUCGUAUGUUUCCUUCCUGGAGCAUAUCAAACAGCAAGUAUUGUGACAAAUGUAGCUUUGGGUAAACCUACCAUUCAGUCUAGCACGUACCCAGGCGGCAACUCUUCCUAUGCUGUGGACGGAAGAACAGGGGGGAACUUCUUUUCUGACCACUGCAUGCUUACACGAGAUGGCAACACUUGGUGGUUGGUGGAUCUGCUUCAUGUCUACAAUAUAUCAACCGUCAUUGUAUUCAGGAGAACAGACUUUCCGGGUCGUGCAGAGCAAGUUAAGAUCGAGGGCUUUGUUCAACAACCUAGACUUUGUCCUGCAUCCUCCCCUAAAGUCUGCGUCAACCAGCUCGGCAGUUUCACAGGUCCAUCCAAGACUGUGGCGUGUGAACAAGAGGUCAUGGCCAGAUAUGUGAGAGUUUCCUCCACUACCUGCAUGACCCUGUGUGAGAUACAAAUGUUUGGACAGAACAUAGGAGGAUGCUUGAGGAAUAAGGUACAAGUUCAAGAAGGCCACAAACUGGAUGACUCCUCUAUCACCAUGUUACGUGGUAAUGUCUCAAGUAUCGUGGAGUGCAGCAUCCACUGUUACAGACUCCACAACUGUCUGUUCUUCAACUUCAACAGACUGACUGGAGAAUGUCAGACAGGAAGUGGUCAGGAAACUUCCGCUUCUUCCUCGGCAGCAGACUGGGACUUCGGCACAAUUUGUUAAAGGGGUGUUUGUCCUGUCUCUGCUGAAUACGUUUCAUAUAUGCCAACUGUGUAUAUAUCUAAUAUGUAUGUUUUGGGCAGGAGAGGCUUGUGACUUUGGAACUUUCAUAGAUUUGGAACAUAUCUAACUCGACAUCACACGUCUGAAUGUGAAAUCCCAAACACACACAUCAUAGGUAUCUAUAUAAUUGUGAUUGUUAUUAUGUUCAUCGAAUUUAUGUAGGCCAUAGGUUUUAUGUUCAAUUACUUAUGGAGAAACAUACAGACAUACAAAAAUUAUUUUGUCACUCGAUUGCCUGGUUUGUUUACGUGCCAUCGUCGCAUCAACGAAUACUGCUGUGCGGCGCCAGGCAACAAUCAUAUAUUUACUUUUUUUGUGCAUAUUGUGUGAGUGAGGGGCGGGUGCUUUCGGCAGGGCAGGACAUACGUACAAAGUCCCUGAAAACCUGGUGUCAACUUUAUACAUACUUACUUUUUACGCUCAGUGGAAUCUUUUUCCGUGGAAAAUGGAGGCUGGUUAUUUUCUUGACCUUUUGUUUUAUUGUGUACUUGUUAUGUUCAGAUGACUUACCUGUCGUGUUGUGUGUUUGCUUAAAGGCAUAAUAAAAAUCUAUUCUUCGAGCUGGUCGGUAUCAUGUAUUAACUUACUGCUCACUACCGUUGCGAUGGGCUUCAUUGAAAACAAGUUACG